AUGGCAGACACAUUCUCCCAAGCCGGUCGGCGUCUCAGCCAGAUCAAAGACGCCAUCCUAGGCAAAACAGCAACAACAAUUCCAUUCGACCCGGACUCCACCUCGUUUCCAACGCGAAAGCACCUGCCCAAGAUUGUCGACGCUCCUGACGAAGCAGCCUGGGUCUGGGGAAAAGACGACUACAUCGGGCGCUUGAACCUGCUGACGCCCACGCGCGUGAAAGCCGCCGCCCAAGAGAUCCGCACAGGAGAAAUGGCCCGACUGGACCUGCCCACCAACGUCCCCGAACAGCCAGCCUUUGGCCGCCAAAAGUUCGAGCACAAGAUCCUGACGCUCGUCGACGGCGUCGCCUACGACGACGUCUACCAUAUGAACACCCAAUCCGGGACCCAGUGGGACGGAUUCAGGCACUUCGCUCACGUGCCCACGAAGACAUUCUACAAUAACACGCACGGCUCAGACAUCGUGGGUCCCGAAGCAAAUCAUAAAUGCAGUAUUCAUCAUUGGUCACGCCACGGAUUUUCCGGGCGUGGAGUUUUGCUCGACUACCGCUCCUACGCCGACAGUCAAGGGAUCAAAUACGACACGGCGACAUCGCAUGCGAUCAGCUAUGAUGAUCUCGUUGCGUGUGGGAAAUUUCAGGGUUUGGAUAUCCGGCCCGCCGCACAAGGCGGGGAUAUUAAGAUCGGCGAUAUCCUGCUCGUCCGUUCCGGGUGGACGGUCGACUACUACGCGCGUACCCCCGAGGAGCGGGCCCGCUUGGCUUUGCGCGGCCACGAUUCCCACGGCACCGAAGCCCAGUGGGCUGGCUUGAAACAGGAAGAAGCAAUCAAGGACUGGUUACAUGAUUGCUACUUUGCCGCGGUGGGCGGGGACGCGCCGUCUUUUGAGCGCUGGCCGACGCCCGAAUCGUAUUAUUUGCACGAGUAUAUACUAGCGCUGUGGGGGAUGCCGUUGGGCGAAAUGCUGGAUUUGGAGAAAGUCGGUGAACUAGCGAAGAAGUAUAAGCGGUGGACGUUCUUUUUCUCGAGUUCGCCGGCAAAUUGCCCUGGAGGGGUCAGCAGUCAUGUCAACGCGACGGCGAUCUUCUAG